CUCUUCGUUCUCCCAUCUCCCCCUCAAACCCCAACAAUGGCUUCUCCCUCCAAACCUUUCCUUUUCUUCUCCUGCCUCUUCUUCUUCUUCCUCGCCGUCUCAUUGGCCCUGGACAUGUCCAUCAUCGACUACAACCUCAAGCAUGACCUGCGGAGUGAGACCCAUGUGCGGAUGAUGUUCGAGGCGUGGUUGGUUAAGCACCGCAAGAACUACAAUGCCCUGGGAGAGAAGGAACUGCGGUUCCAGAUCUUUAAGGAUAACUUGAAGUUCAUUGACGAGCAUAACGCGGUGGAGCGUCCCUACAAAUUGGGACUCAAUCAGUUUGCCGAUUUGACCAAUGAGGAGUACAAGGCUAUGUAUUUGGGUGCGAGGAUGGAGAGGAAGAAUGGGGCUGCGAAGAAUGUAAGCAGCGAUAGGUAUGCGGCUAAGGAUGGUGACAAAUUGCCGGAGUCUGUUGACUGGAGGGAGAAGGGUGCCGUUGCCGCUGUUAAGGAUCAAGGACAAUGCGGGAGUUGCUGGGCAUUCUCAACCAUUGCUGCUGUGGAAGGGAUAAACCAGAUUGUUACAGGUGAAUUAAUCACUCUGUCAGAGCAGGAAUUGGUGGACUGUGAUAAAUUAUAUAAUCAAGGAUGCAAUGGAGGCCUCAUGGAUUAUGCUUUUGAUUUUAUCACUAAAAAUGGUGGCAUUGAUACUGAAGAGGAUUACCCAUACCGUGCUACCGAUAAUGCUUGUGAUCCAUCUAAGAAAAAUGCCCGGGUGGUUAGCAUUGAUGGAUAUGAAGAUGUUCCAAAGAAUGACGAGUCUUCCUUGAGGAAGGCUGUGGCACAUCAACCAGUUAGUGUUGCCAUUGAAGCUGGUGGCAGGGCCUUCCAGCUCUACCAAUUGGGAGUAUUUACAGGUAUUUGUGGAACAGAUUUGGAUCAUGGCGUUGUUGCUGUUGGUUAUGGUAGAGAAAAUGGUAAAGAUUACUGGAUUGUGAGGAACUCCUGGGGUCCUAACUGGGGAGAGAAUGGUUAUAUCAAGCUGGAGCGUAAUAUUGCUGAUGGUUAUGGCAAGUGUGGAAUUGCAAUGGAGCCUUCAUACCCCACCAAGACUGGAGUGAACCCCCCCAAACCUUCUCCCUCCCCGCCUUCUCCAGUGAAGCCCCCCACUGUAUGUGAUGAUUUCUUCUCAUGCCCUGAGGGAAACACUUGCUGCUGCAUAUACGAGUAUGGUAAAUACUGCUUUGCAUGGGGAUGCUGCCCUCUCGAGUCUGCAACCUGCUGCAAUGAUCACUUCAGCUGCUGCCCUCAGGAGUAUCCCGUCUGUGACCUUGAAGCUGGAACUUGCCGAAUGAGCAAGGACAAUCCAUUUGGAGUAAAACCAUUCCACCGAAUCCCAGCAAGAAGCACCAGGCCAGUAGAUCAAACCAACAGGGCGAGCAUUGUUGCUUAAGAGUCCAGAGUCAUUUUGGGUAUUUUGGGUACAAACUAUACGUGACAGAAUGGUGCAAGGCAAAGAAUAUUCAACUCUCACAAAGCUUUUAAUUUAAGGUCUUCAUUGUAAAUAACAAUUGAUCUGCUGUUGACAAAGCAUAUAGAAGACUUUCCCUGAUUUCAUUUCAUUAAUUCAGUUCCAGCUAUUCUCUCAUCAAAUUGCAUUUAAUUCUUAGAAGACUUCUCAUAUUACUUUGGAAAAAUGAGUUUCAAAGAAUCCAACACAAAAAUAAGGAUUUCAAGUUUUC